CGAAAGCCCUCCGCCUUGGAAAAUUGAGUGGCAAAACCAGUCCAGUUUCCAAGCAGAAGUGGCAAUUAAGACUAGCAGUGGGGCUGGGACCGAGGAAUUCGUCUAAAAUCCUCCCUUGCCAACUCCAUCGUAAUAUCUGAGGUGUGUAAAUCCCUCGCCUGUGAAGAGUGCGGGUCAUUCUCGGGGAGAUAGCUGGCGGUCGCCAAUAUGUGGGGACUACAACACCCAGGUUGCCCUGUGGUCGGGAUCCUGCAUCACGUGGACUCAUUUCGUUCCUUUUCGUCGUCCCUCUCUCCCUUCCAGAUGGAAAAUGGCAGUGCUGGGCCCUGGGGAGCGCUGGACUGAAGCAUUAAUUGAUGAACUCAGACGAAAUCCAUGCCCGUCAGAGGAAGCAAGAGACAACUUUGACUACUGUGGCUGUAGUGACUGUAUGAGGAUGAAGAAGGAGCAUGUGUGUGACAGUGGGAGGAGUCGGUCACCAUCUGGGGAAGGUAGCAUGACUUACACAAAGGAACAGUUACUUGGGGUGCAAAGAAUAAAGAGGAGUAAGAGUUAUUAUGAGAUUCUAGGCGUUGGGAGAGAUGCAAAAGAUGAAGAACUAAAGAAAGCAUACCGAAAACUAGCCCUUAAAUUUCACCCCGACAAGAACUGUGCUCCGGGAGCAACAGAUGCUUUUAAAGCAAUAGGCACUGCCUUUGCAGUUCUGAGCAACCCUGAAAAGAGAUUACAGUAUGACCGGUUUGGAGAUGAACAAGAGACUCUAUAUACCAAUCUACCCAAGCACUAUGAUUACUACAGGGAGUUUGAAGCCGACAUCACACCAGAAGAAAUAUUUAACAUGUUCUUUGGCGGGAACUUCCCAACAGGAAAUAUGCAUAUGUUUACAAAUUCAUCAAUGGAAACGCCAUAUACUCCAUGUUAUCAGCAGCGGAGCAGACGUGAGAAGACUUGGACGCAGGAAGAGGAGGAGGAAGAAAACAGGCCACAGAAUACAUACUCGGCAUUUAUUCAGUUACUGCCAGUCUUUAUUAUAAUAGUUGUGUCAAUAGUAACUCAGCUGAUGGCUACUAAUCCACCCUACAGCCUCUUCUUCAAAUCGACUCUAGGGCACACCAUUGUUAGAGAAACACAGAAUUUGCAGGUGCCUUACUAUGUUGAUAAAAACUUUGAAAAUAACUAUGAUGGCGAAGAGCUUGAAGAGCUUGAAAAGCAUAUUGAAAAAGAUUAUAUUGACCAUAUCCAGACUAGCUGCAGGAAAGAAAAACAACAAAAAUCAGAGUUGUCUAAUUUGGCAAAGCUAUACAGAGAUGAACGACUGAAACAGAAAGCAGAAUCCCUAAAGCUUGAGAACUGUGAAAAGCUCUCCAGUCUCAUAGAAAUACAAAGGAGUCGCUAACAGGCAGAUCUACAAGGGGAGAAGAGAGCAGUGCUGACUGGUCAUGUAUGCUGUUGGUGAGAGUUUCAGCUUGGUUCUCUUCUCCGUUUAUAAUGAAGAAGAAAAGCAUAGACUUAAGACUUGAUAUCAUCAUCAUCAUGUACAUGGAGCUGUAUGGACUGAGCCAUAGAGGCAACACUUUGCUGUAUGUAUACAGUCUCUUUUGGUUCCAAGCGCCAGUGGUGUUAAAUGUUAAUGAUUCCUUCGAGAUGUGAAUACAUUUGGCAGCAUUCUUCAUAUGGUACUUUGCUGCCAUUUAAGCGCUGAGCAGGUGCUUCCCAGGAACACAGCCAUCAUGUUCACUGUUUUUGCUGUGGGUGUAGAGCCCCUCAGCAUCACAUAUCGCUGUUUCUCAUAUCCAUCUGAAGCUGCUCUUUACCUGACUUGCAACAAAAACUUAGGCAGAAUGGACAAGAUUUGCUUCAGUCUCAGUUUUGGGAUUCAUCCUUGUUAUGUUUCAACAGUUUGCGCUGAAGGAAAUAGCACUGCUUUUUUAGCUGGAUCUGUCCAGUGAAUUAACCAGGACACCAAAUUUUAGCCAUCAGGACCACCUGGGGGGAAAUGAAUGCCCACUAUAGAUUUUGACAAGGUCUGGAUCCAUUGAACUCUGGGGGGUAAGGUGAUGUCCUUCCCCAUUGACAGUGUCUGUUUUACUUUAUCUCAGAUCCAUUUUCGAAUCAGUAAUUUUUUCACUGUAAAAACUAAAAGGCAAUUUUAGUUACUUUGACAUACAGAGUUUGAUCUGUGACUGCUCCUACUUUUUGAUGAAUUCUGACUGGUUUGGAGAAAUCAGGAAUCAAUGUACUGUACUGACAGAUUUGGGGGCAUGGCUGAAAAUGUAGUGAGAACACAGAUAAAGUGACCAGCUAUAUACCACUUUUUCUCUAGGGAUCCAGACCUUGUCAAAUACCAUGGCCAGCAUUUGUCCCUUACAAGUUAUACUGACCAGCCUCUUUCUCAUUUUUUUUCUGGUUUAAUUAUGUAAUCAACCCAGCUUCUGAAAGAGCAGUUUAGGAAUUCUUUUUCCUUCUCAAGCAUUGAACUUAAAAAACUGGUAAAGAUGUGCAAUGGGAACCUGAUGCUCUUCAGAACAUUCCCUUUAAGAUGGAAUAUCCAGCCUAGACUCUUGCUGAGGAAAUUGUUAUCUACCUAUUAUCUAUAUGAAAUACUAUUGUGUGCUAGCUCCUUUCUGAUUGAUUUUUGGAGGAUAUUAACUAGCAUUUUGAAUAAUGUUGUUUACUAGCACAAUGUUGCUGUCUGAGACAAUCACAAUAAACCCAGUGCUUCUUGGUUUUAUGAAGAAUAACUUCUCCAUAAGAAAUAGUCUGCUUAUAUAGUUUCAGGAGCAUAUGCAGUAACAUUUUAUCAGAGCAACAGGUUUGUAUUCACACUUAGUUUAAUGUGAUGGUAAAACAGAAUCCUUCAUAUAAUAGAAGGUAGAGUUGAUUUCAACAGUACAGCUUUAAGGAGCACUACAUACUUUCUUUAGUUAUAACCUUCACCAGUAACACUAUAUAGACGUAACUGUUUGUAUUUGCAAACAUUUACAGUGGACUAUUAAAAUAAGGUUGCAGGGCUCUAGAGUAGGUAAAAACUGCUUGAAUUAUAAAUCAUAAUUGAUUCUGAAAAAUUCUUUCUAAUUAGUUUGGACUUCUUUAGAAAGAGCUCAAUGCUGGUAUUUAAAAUGCCUAUGAAAGAGCUUUAAUAAAAUGAAUGAAAUCUGAUCUAAUUACAUCCACAGUUGUUCCUUGUAAAAAUGUGACUAAAUUGUUUUUUUAACUUAAUCUUAAAUUGGCCGAUCUACCACAGAAGCAUUUAGAGACUAUUGUAUACUCAACAAGCUACAUCAUCAUAAAGCAUGUAAUGCCACCUUUGCUGCUUUGUGGUGCUGACACACAUAGGCUGAUGUGCCAAGCUCUUCAUACAGGAAAAACAUGCUUUGAUCUUCUGCUGGCAAGUAUAGAGUUAAUUCCACCCAAACUGGUAGAACCUGUUUUCCAAGUACCACUUUAUCCCUGACAUGAGGGGCAUGGGUGUCACCCUAACUACUCCCAGGUGAGUGUUCUAUACCAAGAGCCAUUAUGCUCCUAAAUGCCUCACCACAUGAGUUCCUUCCAGUCUUUUUUUUUUAUUUUUUAAAUAAUCUGGAUAUUAGGUCCGUAUCUGCCUAAAGGUUGCUGUCAGGGAGGCUGCCCGUGUAACUUUUCUGCUAACAAACAUAGCCCCUAUGUGGAGCCUCCAGUGUGUGAAAGCAUUACAUAUGGAGCAGUCUCAAGCAAAUAGGAACACAGGAAGCUGCCAUAUACUGAGUCAGACCAUUGGUCUAUCUAGCUCAGUAUUAUCUACACAGACUGGCAGUGGCUUCUCCAAGCUUGCAGGCAGGAAUCUCUCAGCCCUAUCUUGGAGAAACCAGGGAAGGAACUUGGAACCUAGAUGCUCUUCUCAGAGCAGCUCCAUCCCCUGAGGGGAAUAUCUUACCGUGCUCACACUUCUAGUCUCCCUUUCAUAUGCAACCAGUGUGGACCCUGCUUAGCUAAGGAGACAAGUUAGGCUUGCUACCACAAGACCAGCUCUCCUCUCCUAUGUAAUAAAUAAUAUAAUAUCAAGUAAAUGUACAGAUUUGAUUUGAUCCUGCCCUUCCUUCAAGGAACUCAGAGUGGCAUACAUACAGUAGUUCUCGACAAGAUUGUUAAGAAUUUCAGUGAAGCAGAUAGAGCAAACAACAAUUGGCCCAAAAUCACUCCUUGAGUGUCAGAGCAGAGUGAGGAUCUGAAUCCAGCUCUCCCCAGUGAAAGUUUGAAAGCCUGUUCACUAUACCAUUCUGGCUAUCAGGGAGCAGCUUAACAGCCAUACAGAAACACUUUCUUUGAGCCAUUUUAUGAGCAGCAAAGCAAAUCUUUUUUAGUGGUCACAGGUUUGAAGCUAUCUGUGAAUAAUUCAAAAGUUUGUCAGGAUGUUCCUUGGAAAAGCUGCUUGAUAAUAUUGUUUACAGGUGUAAACAAGGAGGGUAGUCUUUUUAGAGACUCUGGCUUGCCACUUUAUGCAUUUGAAUAUUUUUACUGUAAGGAUAUUGGUAUGUUUACAGAAUCCUGGCAUCUACAUAGUGGCAUAUUACACCAUCCUGGCAUCUCCAAGAUAGGGCUGAGAGAGAGCUUCCUGCCUGUAACCUUGGAGAAGCCACUGCCAGUCUGUGUAGUCAAUACUGAGCUCGAUGGACCAAUUAUCUGAUUUGGUAUAAGGCAGCUCUCUAUAUUCCUGUGAUGUGAAUAUGGCACAUGCCUAUUCAACAUAGUGACUGAAUCAGAUUUACAACAUGUCCUUUGGUAUGUUGUAGUUCAUGUCCCUUGAAAUACCUCUAUUCUUCCCCAAACGCAGAUGUUGAAAGAUGUGGUUGUAGACUUUAGUUUUAUCAUUUCAGCAUUCAUAGUUCAUCUUGAAGCCUUCUGUCAGUGAUUCACCUGACACCCAGUGUUUCAUCCUAACUAGCUGUACUUGCACAGAUGCCAGUUAAACCACUGUGUUGUAUAUGCCUGGGAAUAUCUUUAAGUUACAUUUCAGAGCCACUCAUUCUUUUAGAUAGGCUGUAACACAUUAGAAUUUGGCCAAUGUUACAAAAGCUCCUUCUUUAUUUAUUAACAAUAUGUUUCACAAACUAUUGUGUUGCAGAUUUGCGGAAAUGCUAACAUUUUGAAUAUUUAUAUACACAAUUAACUGUUGUUUGUUUGUUCCAGGUAGGCUACAGGUAACUCUAUAGCAAGUAGUAGCAUAAAUUAAAGACUUGGUAUGUACCCUUUGUGAAACAGUUUAUUUACUUCAUGUGUGCGGGAGAUCUGAAAAUAUCCCUUUGUUCUGUUUUCCUUAUUUUGCAUCAGACAUCUGUUCAGUAUUUAUUUAUUUGAGUUGAUUUGGUAAGAUCUUUUUUUUUCAUGUAAAUAUGCAUUGGCAAUAUGGUAAUUGUAUAGGAUUGCAUUGAAACUUGAUUGUACAGUCCAUUUUUCAUAAACCGUGUAGAUGUAUAUCAGUACAUCAGAUGACUAGUAAAUAAGACAUGCUUUCCUUAUCUAACAUAAGAAUUUUGGAAAUGCCACCUUGUCUUGCAGUGAUCAGUGGGUUUGAAGUAAACAGUUCUCUGUUACUUUGGCCUCCAUUCAAUGGAGCAAUUUCAAUAGGACUAUUAUAGUAUUCGAGGGCUGCAUCUUUACAUUGGGAUGGAGUUUUCUCUGUGUUUGUGGUUUUUUAAAAAUUAAAUGUAAUGCAUUGUUUAACCUUGAAAAUGACUAUUGCUGUGUUAUAUGGAAAUAAGACAUGAAAUAAAAAAUGAAUAUCUAAUCUCA